GGCGACCCCAAUCAGGAUUUCCUUCACUGCCAACCAUCAACCGCCACAGAUGUCUUCCAAAUCUGUAAAUCCUACAGCCAGGACCCAAGAGAAACCAAAAGCUCAAGCUUCACCUUCAUCGGCCGUCGGCGCCGUUCUUCUCAUUGGACAGCAAUUCGGCUCUCGUGGCCUCACUUUCAUCGUCAACCAAGUUCUCCUCCGCUACCUUUCUCCCGAACUCCUCGGCGUCUCCACACAACUCGAAGUCUACUCAAUUACCGUCCUCUUCUUCGCACGCGAAAGUCUCCGUGUAGCUAUCCAGCGGCAACCAGAUACCGCAGACGAACCUUCAGAGAAGAAGGAUGAAAAGGAAAUACCUAGAGGUCACGUGGAUGCAAGGACGGCUGCUGGGAGGACGCAGGCUAUCGUGAACUUGUCUUAUGUUUCUGUUUUACUUGGUGUCGCAUUUGCAUUUGGGGUUGGAUGGCUUUAUAUCUCUACGCUGUCUGCUGGUGAUCCUAUUGUUCUGCAAACACCAUACUUCAGAGAUGCGUUGAAGAUAUAUGGCUUGGCAGCCAUUUUAGAGCUGCUGGCUGAGCCUUGCUAUGUUGUCGUCCAGCAAAAGUCAAGGUUCGGCAUUCGUGCUUCAGCGGAACUAGCAGCUACCUUUUUAAGGUGUCUAGUCACCUGUGGCUCCGCGAUAUGGGCUUCUUGGAGUGGACGAGAUAUCGGAGUACUACCUUUCGCAUUGGGGCAGGGCAUGUACGCUGUCUCCUUGUCACUCGUGUAUUACUUGAACGUCUGGAACAUCGCUUCAAGUGGAGGGUUCUCUCUUUCUGCGAAGAGGAUAUAUUCAAGCGAUACCACAGCUUUCGUCCUCUCCUACCUCUCCUGGCCCCUCCUGAAACUCGGCGGCAGUUUCUUCACCCAAUCCAUCCUCAAGCACAUACUAACCCAAGGUGACACGUUCCUAAUCGCCUCGCUCGCGUCCCCACGCACUCAAGGAAUCUAUGCCCUAGCAAAUAACUAUGGUGGUCUCAUCGCCCGACUUAUCCUCCAACCCAUCGAGGAAAUCAGCCGCAACACGUUCGGCAAACUACUCUCCUCAGUCGACGGGAAGCCUGCUAAAGAACGUGUUAUGGAAGUACGAAAAACGCUGCUCAUGCUCCUGCGUGCAUACCUCAUGUUCUCAGUAUGUGUGGUGGCUAUUGGACCAACCGUCGCUCCACUACUCCUGAAGAUCGUUGCUGGAUCGCAAUGGACUUCUUCUGGUGCUGGGAAUGUAUUGGCGACAUAUUGCUAUUACAUCCCACUUCUCGCCAUCAACGGUCUGACGGAAGCUUUCGUAUCAUCCGUAGCCACUAAAUCCGAAAUCCAUAAACAGACUGUAUGGAUGUUAGCAUUCUCUGCUGGGUUUGCAGGCGCUACAUUUGUAUUCUUGCGAGUUUUGCAGAUGGGAGCUGAAGGGUUGGUGUGGGCAAAUGCGCUGAAUAUGCUCUUCCGUAUUGUCUGGAGUACAGCUUUCAUACAAGCUUACCUCAAGCGUUACAACACCAGUCUUGAGCCCGGCCAAGUCCUUCCAAAACCACUCACGAUCGCUGCAGGUGCUGGGACGUUUGCCGUCCUCGCACAACUAGAAUCCAAGUUCACCGGCGGUCUGAUAGACAUUAUAAAAAGUGGAGCAGUCGCUGCACCAUUCGUCAUUAUACUCGCCAUUUCCGAACGAGAAUAUCUUCAAGAAUACUACCGAGUAUUUCGCGGCCAGGGAAAAAUGAGAUGAAAAUAUUGAAAUUCCGAUCUAGAUUUAGAGCACAAUUUAGUCUA